AUGAGACAAAAGGUCGCCGGUCCUCCGUUGUCUCCGCCUCACGCAGGUGCCGUCCCUCGGAACCAUCAGCUUCUUCACCACCAUCAGUUGUCACUGCUCACGCUGGAGCUCCACCGUCAGCUGCGCCGCCUGCUGUGGAAAGCCUUGCCUCGCCUGCACGAGAGCAGGAGAUGCCACCUCCAGCUGACGCUCAGCACCAGGCAGCUGCUCCACCACCCGCUGAAGCACAACCUCGGCCACCGGACGUCAUUCCUUCUCCAGAUGUCCAUCUACUGCCGCCGCCUGCUUCCUUGGAGCUUUCUGUGGUACCAUCUCUUGAAAGCUCCUCCUCACCGCCUGCAGAGGAACCCACCACCACCCUGCCUCUGCCCCCUGACGUGGAGGAGGAAGUCGCCACCUUUGUCUCUGUGGCACCACCUGCAGCAGGUUAGCUCCUCUUCCUGUUCAAGUUCUGCAAGGGGACUGCAACUUUUGUGUGCUCCCAAAACAGCCUCGCUGCGUUCUCCUGAGGAGUUUGAGGAGGACUUGAGGCAGAAAAUCAAAGAGGAGAUGCAAAGGAGUCUGCAGGAGGAGAUGGAAGCGAGGAGGAAGGAGCUGCAGAUGCAGAACUCUUGACCCAACCAGUUGUUUGCGAAGGCGCAUCAACGUCCAGCCAGUGUGUGCACAUCUUCAGGGUCAAAUCCUAAAGUGUUACUAGGAGCAACCAGGAAAGACGCUGUCCUGCUCCAGGAUCGCCAGUGCUGACAUGCAAUGCGUGGAACAGGCCAAGAAAGUAUGACUCGCGUGCAAAUACCGCCAAUAUUUUGGGUUAUUAUGAGUAAUACUUGACAGUAAUAUCUCCCCCCACUUGUACAGAGUCAGCUGAUCACUAGAGGCUCAUUAGCACUGCCGAGGACAAACGAGACCCCGCACACUUCUGCUUUUGGUUUUAAGGAUGGGAACUGUGCUUGUCGGAAUCUUUUAGAAUAAUGUGCCUGAAAAGAUCAUUUUUCAUUUCACGUCAACAACGUCAAACGACAAACACGACAGUCACUUUUGAGUUGCUAAAAAAACUUUACAGUGGUCCCGCCUUUCUCGCGGUUGAUUGGUUCCUACGGACACGGAGAAAAAAAUUGAUGGGUUAAAAAAAAAUUGAACUUUUGCGAGAUAAUGCAAGAAAAAACUGUUUACAUUAAAGGGAUAGUUGGGAUUAUUUUAACAUGAAGUUGUAUGACAUCCCCAUCAGACGUGUAGUGCAUCAACAGUGACUUAUGAAUCUCCACCAUAUGAGCCAAUGUUAAUAAAUUGAAUAUUUUCAGAGUUACAGCAUGACUUUUGUGACGUGUAUGACUCUCUAAAUAAGGUCUUCUAUGUCUUAUUUUCUCUUACGUCUACUAUGUUGGGUAAUAGGAGUGUAAAAGUGACUAUAGGGUUAUUUCAUGUCUAGAGGGCUCUAAUCAUAUUAAAAGGCGUAUUUUAAAGGUGCUAAACAGGUUUUCUAUGCACUAACAAAAUAUUCCACUUAUAAAUAAUAAAUCCUACUUAAGAAAUUCACUUAUAGCGGUUGAGUUUGGAAUCAACUAACCGCCAUGAACGAGGGAUGGCUGUAAUGCAGUGAAAUAAAAGAUGUGAACUGUUUCUUUGUGUUUAACAUUUAAGUGCCUCAUGCCUGCUAGGCUGAAUGACUUGGGGCUGACCGUACAGGAAGUUAAACACAACAGGAAGUCAAAUUGACAUCUAUAUUUUCACUGCUCUGUAUUCAAGAUCAAACCUGGCCCCUGACCAGAGUUUGCAGGUACAGGAAGUGGGGUAGACAAGCGCUCUUAAAAAUGGAUGCCAAAGUUCAUAUUUCACAAUUGAUUCACUGCUCUGUAUUGAAUAUAAAAUAAAAACACAGCCAAAUCUGCUGGGGCACCACCCAUUAGAGUGGCCACCAGUGAUGUGCGAUACCACUGAUUUUGUUUCCAAUUUGAUACGGAGUAAAGUUCAGCCUGGUAUCAGCGAUACCAAUACUUACUAAAUUCACCUAAUGUGUCUGGUAAAAAAACAAUUCAUAUUACAGCAUAAAAAGUACAAGACAUUUGGUUUGGUUUAGUUUAUUUGAACAUGAAGGUUACAAUGGAAUACAUCUCAUGAAUCAUUCUUUGACAGUUCCACAUGUCCAAAAGGAGUAGGAAGAAGCAAAGCUUAUUUAAUCCUACCCCCCAUCCAUUCUACAUCUAGUACAGUACAUGUAGUUCACUUCCUGGAUUCCAUGUCAUGUUUUCAGUGAUAGUCAGGAUAACACAUAAUAGAUAACGGUGAGAUAGCCCUCCCCCCCAAAAAAGAGAGAACAUUCAUAAUAAUGAUAAUAAUGAUGACAAUACUAAAUAAAUAAAUAAGAACAAAGCUUUUUUUCUUUUUUCCUUUCUUUUUUUUUUUUUCCUUUCCUUUUUUUU